GCGGUAUUGUUACUGUGUGAGUGUGUUCUGUCGGGUCGGACUGCGCGGCCGGAGAUUUUACAUCUUUCCUGAAAUUACCGCUGUAAAUCAUGGCUGGGAUUAAAGCACUGAUCGGCCUUUCUUUCGGUGGAGCCAUCGGCCUGAUGUUCCUGAUGCUCGGCUGUGCUCUGCCCGUCUAUAAUGAGUACUGGCCUCUCUUCCUGCUGUUUUUCUACAUCCUGUCUCCGAUCCCGUACUGUAUCUCUCGGCGGGUUGUGGACGACACCGACUCGGCCAGUAACGCCUGUAAGGAACUGGCUAUAUUCCUGACCACGGGCAUCGUGGUGUCCGCCUUCGGCCUGCCCAUCAUAUUCGCUCGUGCCAGUGUGAUCGCGUGGGGGGCGUGUGCUCUGGUCCUGACGGGAAACAUCGUGAUCUUCGGGACGAUCCUGGGCUUCUUCCUGGUCUUCGGGUCGAAUGAUGACUUCAGCUGGCAGCAGUGGUGAACCGGGAGCGACCGGGAGCCACGCCUGAACUGUUUUUACCACGAUACACAUUCUCAUUAUUAUUAUUAUUAUUAUUAUUAUUAUUAUUAUUCUGACUAUUGUCGUUAUUGCUGUCUUUAUUAUUUAUUUAGCGGCCGCCCGUACAGAGUGACAGGAAGUCAGUGCAAUAAUGUGUUGCUGGGAUCAGUCUGACCUCAGAAAGUUGUUCUGUUUUUCUUUUUAAAUUUCUUUAUUUCGUUCGUUUCUGUUCCUCAGUUUGUGCAUAAGCUUCCCCUCAUAGGCUGUUCCAGUGGCCAAUCAGAGGCACGAUCUGCUGAAUGUACAGUGGCAUUAAAUAUUAGCUUUUCUCAAACAGUACUCUGCUAACAGAUACAGCUGUGUAAAAAAAAAAGAGAGAUCACUUAUUAAAAAUGAUAAGUUUCUUUGAUUUUACCAAAUUAAAAAUCCCUGGAAUAUAAUCAAGAGGAAGAUGGAUGAUCACAAACCAUCAAACCACCAAACUGAACUGCUUGAAUUUUUACACCAGGAGUAAAGCAGCAUAAAGUUAUCCAAAAGCAGUGUGUAAGACUGGUGGAGGAGAACAUGAUGCCAAGAUGCAUGAAAACAAACUGUGAUUAAAAACCAACCAGGGUUAUUCCACCAAAUAUUGAUUAUUUCUGAACUCUUAAAACUUUAUGAAUAUGAACUUGUUUUUUCUUUGCAUUAUUUGAGGUCUGAAAGUUCUGCAUCUUUUUUGUUAUUUCAGUCAUUUCUCAUUUUCUGUAAAUAAAUGCUCUAAAUGAGAAUAUUUUUAUUUGGAAUUUGGGAGAAAUGUUGUCUGUAGUUUAUAGAAUAAAACAACAAUGUUCAUUUUACUCAAACAUAAACCUAUAAAUAGUAAAAUCAGAGAAACUGAUUCAGAAACUGAAGAGCUCUCUUAAUUUUUUCCAGAGCUGUAAGAAGAAUAUAUAGGAUUUGAUGGAUUUGAAGGGAAGGUGAAAGAAAUAAAGCAUUAAAAAGAGCUUGUAGGUUAGUUAGUUAUAAUUUAAUUUACUCAUUUUCAUUCCUUACGCAAGAUAUUCCAUCUCUAAAUCUUAUUCGCUGUCUGAAUUUAGCCUUUAUAAGCCCUAUUGGGACGGGAUUAGUGUUCUGUAUUAAAUUUUAUGACUAAUUCACACAUUCUGUUGAAAUUCUACAUGUUAUUAGUGUGUAAUAAACGUUUAAUAAGUCACUAAUGCAGCAAGAAGUGUUCAAUAUUCUAAAGUGAGUAAAUACACAUCACUAAUUGGAGACUAAAAAGCACAAAAUGAAUGUUUUUAAAUCAACCUCCAGUAUUAGUGUGUAAAAAUGCUGCUAAUUACACAGUAAUAACAUGCAGAGUUAGGAGUUAGGUAAUAGAGUUUAUUUACACAUUACAGACCCCUUAUAUAAAACAGAAUAAAGCUUAGUAAGAAGUGAAUUAAAUAUUGUAUGAAUCUCUUAUUCAAGCUUUAAUUGAGCAAAAGACGAAACUUUAAUAAUUUUCCUUUAAAUAAAUUGUUUAAACAAAAUCCCAGUAUAAAUGAAUGGGAUGGGAGUAGCUACUUGAUUUACGUACUGCAUAGACAAGCAUAUCAUCUACUACAUAAAGUAAUGAUUAUGUAUCAGUUUAAUUAAUUAAUUAAUUAAAUAAUGAGAUUAAAAGCAGCUACAUAUUUAUUACAUGUAUUUAGGCUGUAUUUUGCGCUGCACAAUGCACAAUAACUUACUGUAUUUAAAUCUGCAUAAGCCCCGCCCCUUUAAGGUUUAUCACAGGCUUGAACCUGUCAACCCCGGGAUAUAUCUUCCCUGAGGUUAUAUUAUAUAUUAAAACUAAUCCCGUAACUAUAGGGCUUUACUAGUGCACUGGAGAUACAAGGCUAAUGCGGGCUAUUGUAAUAAACCACAAUGGAAGUUUAAUAUUAGUAAUAAUAGUAAAAUAAAUAAACUCAUGCAUGCUUAAAUCAUCAAACUCACCCUGAAAUGAUGUCUAAUUAUUAUACAGAAAAUUACAUCACAGUUCAGUGAUUCAGAUCAAGAUGAUUAUCUCUUUAUCUCAAGUUACUUCUUUACAGUGGUGGUGAAUGGAAUGUUUUAUUGGAUGCUUUAAAGAACAUCGGAAAAAAUAUAUUUAUUAAACAAAAAAAACUGUACAAAAAAAAAAUACAUUUUAUAUUUGAGAUAAAUAGCUAUUUGUCUACUGCAGCGCACUGUAAUUACACUUUGGGCGCUUGUGCGUUUCCACGGAGAUCCACAUUAUAAAAACACAACAGCGAGUGGAAAUGGAGGAGCUACUGAACUCCGCGAUGAUGUCGUGACCAAGAAAAAAAGCCUAAAAACUCACUGGUCCUCCUGUUUUUAAUUGCAGUCCGGAUGCAGGAGUUUUAUCACUAAUGAGUAGAAGAGUGAAAUAUUUUACACAGAUGAACCCCUGAAAAAAACUAAUCCCGUCCAGAUAGAGAUUUAGAGCUUCAGACAUCUUUUAGAGCUUCCAGUCACCACCACGAAUGUACAAAUGUCUCAUCUGACUGGAUACCUAUAAUAAUGUCUCUGACGCUAAAUGUUUGGCUGUUAGCUUCCGUUGGUUGUUAGCGACAUUAGCCUUGUAGCUUUAAUGUGAAGCUAAAGGCUGUUUCAGCUGAUUUCUGCGUUUGUUUUAAGGGUAGAAAUGUGUAAAUGUCUCUGGAAGAGGAAGAUGAUUUUCUUGAGUUUGUGAAGGACGAGUCUGGAGAUGAGCUCUUCGCUCUCUUUUUAGAUGCAUUGUUUUUUUUGUUUUCCCAGUUUUUUCCUACUGCAGUAUAUUAGUUUUUUAGUUUUCUGUGUGGAACCUGAAGCAGAACCGCAGGAGGUCUCAGGAGGUUCUGCUGUGGGAGGAAAGGCACUGACGGUUUUCUGUUACACUUUCUUUUUUGUUUCUUUUUGUUUCUGUUUGUUUAGUUUUGAUUAUUUAUUGGGUUCUCCAGCAGUGUAGCGCUCGGGCAGAGAUGAGCACAACUGAUUGUAAACUGAUAAUUUAUUUGAGCGUAUUUAUCGUACAGACGUUCCGAUGUAUAGCGGCACACAGCAAGCUUGAAGUUCUAGAUAACCCAGAGUCAGAUUUUUUUCUAUUCACCCAGCGGAAAGUCACAUUAAUCCAGUAACAGCUAGAACCUGGAGUGAAAACGCUCGUCGCUGUGUCGUAUGAAUGCGUCCGCUGACCCGCGCCGGUUCUCGGUUCUGUCCGGUUGGAGAACCGUCAGGUGUGUGAAGGAGGUACCGAAUGAUUCCACCCCUGAGCUUCAUCAGCAGGACUAAGACUACUAAAAAAUACUUGAUUAACCCACAGCGCUUGUUUAACUAGAAGCUUUUUGUGUACACAGAUUAGAACCGUGUAUCUAGUACCGAACAAAACAUGGUGGUCUUUUAUUUGUUUUUGUUUUUUAAAUAAAUGACAUUUUUUGAACAAA